GUUCAAGCACCUGAGACCUUGACAUUCUAGGUACUUAACUUUGAAACUGGAACAAAAAUCACCUGAAGCUCUUAACAUCUGAAAAGUCCUGCAGGUUCAUCACUUUACUUUAUUCAUACCUGAUUUCCAUUUGUUGUGCAUCUGAGGAUUCAGACUACAUCAGAAUGUUGACCACUGCAGCUCUUAUUCUCAUUGUCACCAGUAAAGUUGUCCUAGGACAGGAUGACAGAGUGCCUGUUGAUGGACAGAUAUAUAAACUGGAUAUGGCACUGGAUUCAGUUGAUGACUGGUAUUAUGGUUGUGAAAAGGAAAUGGAAUCACUGGUGAGAAGUGAAUAUCUACGCAAAGACAUUUCUGCUGACAUAUCUAAAUUUGGAAAAGCUUUGUUAAACAGUAUAGAAGAAAUGCCUGCAAAACUAAAUAUUAAACAUAAAUUAAAAAUUUACCACUUAAUUGCAAUUUAUAUGUACAGUUACUCUAAACCUACAAAAAAUCCUGAGCUAUAUAAAGAGUUCAAUCAUGAUGUUAGAACUGGUAAACAAAAAUACGAAAAAAAGACAUACAGAUGGUAUUCACUUCACUUUUUGUUGACAGAAGCGAUAGAGAUUCUAAAGAAAACGCAACAGGAAUGUAAAUUAACUUAUCGUGGUACAAAACUUAAGUUUAAUGAGAAUGUUCUGAACACAGAGAUUCGUUUUGGCUCAUUUGCGUCCUCCUCUGUUGAUCGUGAAAUAGCAAAGCGUUUUGGAACUAAAUCUUGUUUUGAAAUUCUGACUUGUCAAGGUGCUGAUGUGUCAGAAUACUCUAUGUUAAGUUAUGAGAAAGAGGUGUUGAUUCCCCCAUAUGAGAAAUUUAAAGUCACUGAAAUAAAGAAGGGUGCCUGGUGUAACACUGUGUUUGUGUUAAAGAGCUCUGGUCUAAAAAGUACUUUAAACUGUGCAAUGGCAUUAGCAAAGCCCCAGAUAUAUCACAAUGUCAGUCUCUCUCAGUGGCGGCGUUUCACGAAAAUUUCCUAUGGCCUUACAAGAAAAAACAUUCUCAAAUAA